CUCCUUGGACCAGACGAGCAGCCGCCGGCACAGCCCUCUGCCUGGUGCCUCCUGCCGUGCCCCCCACCAGCCCGGUGGCCCCUUUGUGCAUGCCCCUGCGGGGAAGGGGGCUACCAGAGGGAGAGCCACCCAGGACCAAAGCCCAAGAGGUCAGGGAAUGAGGAGGCAGUGAGCAGAGCCAGCAGGCACCCAGCUGGACAGCUCCUAGGUGACAAUGAGCCAGUUGGGAUCCCUGAGCAGUGGGACCAGAUCGCCCAAUGGCAGCAUGGGGCGGUCGGAGGGGCUAGGCAAGAUGAGUGCCAAGGACCUGUAUGAGCAGAGGAAGAAAUACUCUAACUCCAACGUCAUCAUGCACGAGACAUCCCAGUACCAUGUCCAGCACUUGGCCACAUUCAUGAUGGACAAGAGUGAGGCUGUUGUCACUAUGGAUGACGCCAUCCGCAAGCUGGUCCAGCUGAGCUCUAAGGAGAAGAUUUGGACCCAAGAAAUGCUGCUCCAAGUCAACGACUCAUCCCUGAAGCUACUGGACUGUGAGUCCCAGGAGGAGUUGGAGCACUUCCCACUGACCACUGUGCAGCACUGCCAGACGGUGCUGAACCAGCUGCGCUACCCCUCUGUGCUGCUGCUCGUGUGUCAGGAUUCAGAGCAGCACAAACCUGAUGUGCAUUUCUUUUACUGCGAUGAGGUGGAGGCAGAGCUAGUGCAUGAAGACAUCGAGAGUGCCCUGGCAGACAGCAGGUUGGGGAAGAAGCUGCGGCCACAGACACUCAAGGGCCACCAGGAAAAGAUCCGGCAGCGCCAGUCUAUUCUUCCACCGCCCCAGGGUCCUGCCCCCAUCCCUUUCCACCCAGAUGCUGGUGGCCCCCCUCACAGCUCCAAGAAUCGUGUGGCUCCUCCAGUGCCCUUCAGCUUGCCAGGUAGAGAUGAGAUGGAUUACGGACAAAGAGACACCGGCUCUCAGGAUGAGGAGCCCAGGGCCAUCCUGGCCCAAAAGAUCGAGAAGGAGACGCAAAUCCUCAACUGUGCCCUGGAUGACAUCGAGCUGUUCGUGGCCCGCCUGCAGAAGGCGGCAGAAGCAUUUCGGCAACUCAACCAGAGAAAAAAGGGCAAGAAAAGCAAAAAGAAGGGUCCAGCAGAGGGAGUCCUGACACUCAGAGCCAGGCCCCCCUCUGAAGCAGACUUUAUCGACUGCUUCCAGAAAAUGAAGCUGGCCCUGAACCUCCUGGCCAAGCUGAGAAAACACAUUCAGAAUCCGAGCGCUGCUGAGCUGGUCCACUUUCUCCUGGGACCCCUGGAACUGAUCAUUAACAGCUGUGGAGGGCCCGACAUGGCUCGCUCUGUGUCCAGCCCCUUGCUGUCCCGAGACACUGUGGAGUUCCUGAAGGGUCACCUGAUUCCCAAGGAGAUGGCGCUCUGGGAGUCGCUGGGAGAGAUGUGGACCCGGCCUCGGGCCGAGUGGCCACGAGAUGCGCACGUGCCCCCCUACAUCCCCAAGUUCCACAAUGGCUGGGAGCCCCCACUGGACGUGCUGCAGGGGGCCCCCUGGGAAGUGGAAGGUGGGCUGCUACCUGACACUGAGCUGAGCCCCGCCAAUGGGUUCUCCUACCGCCAUUCCCUGAAGCACAGCCCAGGCCCCGAGCCUGCACCCCCCGGAGACGGCUUCCCACCAGGGGGCUCCCCCAACACUCACAGGAGAUUCGAGUCACCGACCAUGGCCAAAUUCGCCAAAAUCCGUUAUGACUUCACAGCACGUAAUGCCAACGAGCUCUCUGUGUUGAAGGACGAAGUUCUGGAGGUGCUAGAAGACAACAAGCAAUGGUGGAAGCUGAGAAACCGCAGUGGACAGGCUGGCUAUGUGCCCUUCAACAUCUUGGAUGUGAUCAAGCUGGAAGAUGCAUAUCCCCUAAGUGAGCAGGACAAUCAGAAAUACCGGGGAGACCUGAGUCCCCGAGGCCCAGGCCCCACCAGCCCCUUCCACAAGCUGCCCCCCAGCUAUGCAGGGGACAAGGACGCCAAAGAGCAACUCAUCCACCACAUGGAUGAACUUAACCAUGAGCUCAUCAAAAAGAUCACCAACUCCAAAGGGUACCCUCCUCAGAGGAACUUCAGGGUGGAAAGGAGCAGGCCAGCGGCAACCCCACUGACCUAUAACUCAAAUGCCCAGGAAGUCAGAAUGUGGCUAGAAGCCAAGUCCUUCAGCCCAGGGAUCGUGGAGCACCUGGGCAUCCUGACGGGCGCCCAGCUCUUCUCCCUUAACAAGGACGAGCUGAAGAAGGUGUGCGGGGAAGAGGGCACCCGUGUCUACAGCCAACUCACGGUGCAGAAGGGACUCCUAGAGAAAAACCAGGGUGGGUCAGAGUUGGAGGAGCUCAUGCUACGGUUCCAGAAGAAGACCAUGGAGGAGGACCAAAGCUAGGCCCCUGUUGGGGCUGGGGAGGGUGGGGACCAAAGCUCUUCCAGCUGGGAGGAAGGGGGGGGCCCUGCUGCCCCUCCCCCCGGCACAGCCCCACUGAGCUGGGAGUGCACCUCAGUAUUGUGUGAAGUAUUAUUUUUAUAGACCUACUGUUCUAUGGGGAGGGCACCCCCUUGUGGAUGCAGGGCAGCAUGGAGGCAGCAGGCUGGGGGGGCCCCCCCCUCCUGCUCCACCUCCCCCCAGGCCUUCAUGAAAACACUGCUGCUUCUCGAUUUCUGGGCCCAGGGCCAGGCCUCCCCAGAGGAUGCCCCACCCCCAGAAGGGCUGACCAGAGACUUUGGCCCCAUACCCUUCAGCCCCACUCUUCUCUCUGAUGGGCCUCCUGGCUCUGUGCCUGUACGUGGUCACUCACGCAUGGUCCAUCAGCAAGAAGACGCCCAUAGAGAUUCAGUAGCAUCUCAGAGUCCGGCUGCCCCCCACCCUCAGCUCGGGGCCCCCUCGAGGAAGGGGCGGUCCUCAUCACCUUCGUCUGGCCCCUCAUGUCUUCAAGGAUCUAUCAGGAGCUGUCUCCAACUCUAAAUGUUCCGUGGCCUCCACUGGAAGCCACCUCCUCAGCCAGCCGCCUCGCACUGCAGUCAUCUUGGAUGGCCUGAGCAUCCUCUUCUGGACGUAGGCCCUGGCCAGAGAUGACCUCUGCCAUGUUGGCUGCUCCGGGCAGCUCGGGGGUGGGAGAGGCUCUUUCUGGACAGCGGGGGGCUCUAACAGUUCCUGGUGCACCUGAGGCCCGCUCUGCCCCCCCCAGCUCUGGGAAGGCCAGGGACCCCCUCCCUACUGGCCCACUGGCCUUGGGGGCGAGGCCAGUGCCCAUGAGGCUGCUUUCUGUCUCGUUCUGGGGAAGUGCAGGGCCUAGGGGCUGGGCUCAGCAGGAUCCCUGAGCAGCCAAGACUGGCUAGUCUCAUAUGUCCUGAUGUAUUAGCUCCUCUCAAGCUGCAGACUCCAUCCCCCCCCCCCCCCCCCCGCAGCGCAUGGCUGUCUCUGCCUGGAGGCUGUGGCCGGACAAACUGGAAGAGGACUGGGAUUGUAGGCCAGGCCCUGGCCCCCAUCCCCAGCAGUGACCCUGGGAAGAGUCAUUCCAAAUGCUGAUUUAGCCGCUGGCUGCCUCUGUCUGCCCUGGGGGGACACCAGCUAGUGGUGACCCUGGGGGAGGUGCUCCGCUCCACCUCUCCUGAGCCUCAGUAAAGUAAGGGAGCUUCCCGAGGUGCCUCCUGGG